GGCAACCCAAGGCACCUCUGAGGUGCUCAAUAGAGUGCAGCCGGUUCACGUCGGAGAUCGCGGCGACGCGGAUCAGGAGCUACCGCAGGACUGAGCCCCUCUGUGCCAAGGCAGCUGUGAUAUUGAUUACUCUGAAGUCCCUGGAGAUCUGUGCAGAUCCAGAGAAAGACUGGGUGAAGAAGAUCAUAGAAAAACUGGACCAGAAGAAGGCUGCAACCUCCCCACGUCCACGUGCUGCCACCUCAGUGGCACCAGAAGAGCCUGGUGGUUUUGAGAAACAUGUUGGUCUUGCAACAGGUCCAUCUCAAGCCACUACUUCAACUAGUUUGUUCCAAGGCACUGGCAGGUCCCCACCAGCCAUGGAGGACACCAUCCAGCAUCCUGCAGGAUCAUCCCCUGUGCCACAGGAAGACGCUGCCCACUCUGAAGUCACUCCAGAAGCAAACAGAGAUUCCUUAAAAUCUCCUACACCUUCAACAACUUCUGCAGCAGGUGUGGUCUCCAGCCAGCCUGUCCCACAGCCCGUGGCUCCUGGGCAGGGCUUUGGCACUGCUGUGAGAUCUACAGCAGAACCUGAAGGACAUACCACAAAAGUUCAGGAUCUGAAUCCUGGCUCUAAUUCAGACUCCGUGGCCAUUCCUAAAGGAUCAGACCAUGUUGUACUUUCUACAAGCAAGUGCCUGGAGCCUACAAGUGCAAGAGCCAACACACCAGACCCUGCUUCUAGCAGUUCUACUCCACACCCUCCCUCCAUCCUGGGCAGCAUGGAGAGCACAGUCCCAGCCACUCCAGUUCCACCAGCAACUACAUCAGCUUCUGCUCUGAAGCCCACGACUGCUGCAGACACAGGUCCUUUUGUCCACACCAGCAAAGUUGCCAGUCCCUCUGCAGAUACUUUUGGUACUAGAACACUUGAUUAUUCAUCACCUGUAGGAGAGCAAGAGCCUCCAGACCUGUUGGUUUUUACCAGCCAAGCGUUCUCAGGCCGAGCCGAUGAUUAUAGAGGGAACGAGCAGAUGAUUCCAGAAGGACCAAACAAUCUCACUCCCCCCAGCUCCUUGUCAGCAUCUCAAAUGCACUUUGUCAUCCCCAUUGCUGUGGUGGGGGGGCUGAUGGCUUGCUGUGUUGCUGCUGCCUGGCUGUAUCUGAAGUUUGGAGUCAAAACAGAGGACAUGUCAGGGGAGAUGGUGAGGGGCUUGCUCUACCACAGGGAGGGACAGGAGCUCAAUGUCUAUCCAAUGGAAGUGAUCUGA